CCUGUACCCUGCUCUGACACGUCUGCACUGACUGAGUGAGUGGCAUUGGCACACUGUCAAUCGCUCACCAGCGCUAAACAUAAAACACACACAGGCAGAGAGGCUGCAGCUCAUAAAUUUCAGCAGGGCAAGAGAUUUUUCUGCGCGUCGCCUUCUUCUUUCUUCUUCUUCUUUUUCUUUUUUUUUUUACAGCCUUGUAUCCUAAUUAAUUUCGCCUCGCUGCUGAUCUGUUUUUUUUAUUUUUUUUAUUUUUUUUUUUAACUGAAAUCUUCCCAAAUUUUUUUGGCACGUUUCAUAAUUUUUAUAUGAACAUUUGGACACCUUUGUGCCACAGAUAUUUUUUAAAUUAUUGGCACCACCUGCAAGCAAGGCUGAGACUUCUCUCUUUUUUUUUUUUAAUUCAUUUAUUAGUACAAUUAUUAGAAUUUUAUACGUUUACACAUUUCAACGUUGGGAUAUUUCGGUGGAUUUGUGGACAUUUUCCAGCGGAAAUCCCCUCGAAGAGCGCGAAGUAAAUGAGAGACCAGCACCGAGGACCGCUCCUGUCCACGCUAACCGGGUCAAAUCUGAGAGAAGAGACCGACUGGUGCCGGAUUAUGAUGCUGCUGCUGAUGAAGAUGAUGAUGGAGCGUCUAUUCUGACGAAGAAGUUUUCACAAGGAGAAGAAAUAUAAAUCCAAGCGGCACCUUUUGGCACUUUGGACCGCGCGUAAAAACAACAGGAGGACAGCGGCAACUUGGGCACGAGAUUUACGCCAAAACACCCCCAUUCCUGCCAUUUAGUUCAUAUAUAUAUAUAUAUAUAAAUAUAUAUAUAAAUAAUAAUAAAAUAGUGUUUUUUUUUUAUUAUUUCCCCUGUGCGCUUCUACAGUUGUUCAUCCACCCAGUCUGUGCGGCACAUGCUCUAGCCGGUUUCGUAUAUGAGUUUUUCAAUUUGCGUGGCUCAGUGCACAGACUCUUUAGCGUCUACUAUGGACGAUCAAGCCCGGAUCAUGCAGUCGAUCGGCGGCGUGAGUCUGGCUGGACACUCGGUGCAGGGCGGCAUGCCGCUGCCGCCGCAUGGCCACGACGGGACGGACGGGGACGGCAGGAAGCAGGACAUCGGUGACAUCCUGCAUCAGAUCAUGACCAUCACCGACCAGAGCCUGGACGAGGCGCAAGCAAAGAAACAUGGACUGAACUGUCAUAGAAUGAAACCAGCACUCUUCAGCGUUCUCUGCGAAAUCAAAGAAAAGACAGGUCUCAGCAUCCGUGGCGCUCAAGAGGAGGACCCUCCAGACCCCCAGCUUAUGCGUUUAGACAACAUGCUGCUGGCAGAAGGAGUGGCAGGACCGGAGAAAGGUGGUGGAUCCGCUGCUGCUGCGGCUGCUGCUGCGGCCUCGGGCGGUGCGGCCGACAACUCCAUCGAACAUUCUGACUACAGAGCCAAACUCACACAGAUCAGACAGAUCUAUCACACAGAGCUGGAGAAAUACGAACAGGCGUGUAACGAGUUCACUACCCAUGUGAUGAACCUGCUGAGGGAACAAUCUCGCACGCGACCCAUCUCACCCAAAGAGAUCGAGCGCAUGGUGGGAAUAAUCCACCGUAAAUUCAGCUCCAUCCAGAUGCAACUGAAGCAAAGCACCUGCGAGGCUGUCAUGAUCCUGCGCUCCAGAUUCCUUGAUGCCAGGCGAAAAAGGAGAAACUUCAGCAAGCAGGCGACAGAAAUUUUGAAUGAAUAUUUCUACUCGCACCUGAGCAACCCGUACCCGAGCGAGGAGGCUAAGGAGGAGCUGGCCAAGAAAUGCAGCAUCACCGUUUCCCAGGUAUCCAACUGGUUUGGCAACAAAAGGAUCCGGUACAAGAAAAACAUCGGCAAGUUUCAAGAAGAAGCCAACCUGUACGCCGCCAAGACAGCUGUAAAUGCAGCGCAUGCUGCAGCGGCUGCAGUGCAGAACAGCCAGGCCAACUCCCCUACCACUCCCAACUCCGGAUUCCAGAUGAAAGAUGAAGAGUUUCAGCUGGAUUCUGCAGAGAGCAAAAACACUCUAUUAAGCAACAUGUUUACUGGUUCUUCAGGUUCUUUUAGCCUCCCAAACACUGGGGACAUGUUCUUGAGCAUGCAGAGUCUGAAUGGGGAUUCUUACCAAGGGGCACAAGUCGGAGCCAAUGUACAGUCACAGGUGGAUACCCUGCGCCAUGUUAUCAGUCAGACGGCAGGAUACAAUGAUGCUCUGGCAGGAAACACCAUGUAUACUCCACAUGGCCUGAAUGCUAAUGGAGGAUGGCAAGAUGCAACGACUUCGUCUUCUGUAAUAUCUCCAGCAGGACCGGAAAGUGUGCACUCCGACACGUCGAACUGAUCAGCUAGAAAUGCAUCGUCUCCUCAAGUUGAGCAUGGACUUUUUCAUUUUGCUAAAAAAACAAACAAACAAAAAAACAGCAAAAUACCCUUUUUUGUAGGAAAAAGAAAUUGGUUUUCUUGUAUUUUCAAAUUCCCAUCGGCCACAGCACAUGUGCAGACGACAUCCUCCAGUAUGGACACUAAGUGUUUCCGGAUCGCGCAGUGUUUUCUUUCUGUCUUCAUAAAUCAAGCGUAUUAACAUGCUUUUACUUGUUUGUUGUAGUGGUAAACAUAGACAUGUGCAAAUAUAAACAUCUCUUCAAUAUUCCAGAGUAAACUUUCAGGAUAAUUAUCUCAGCUCAGCAUAAAAAAAGUGACAUUUUAAAUGCCUAUUUGACUUAAUUGCCAUUUUCCAUUUUGAUAAUUGACUUCUCUUUAAUUUCUUUUAAUUAAAGCAGCUUCUUUUUGUCUUGUCCGGCAACUCCACAAGGCUAAUGUUGACAGCUCACUGGCAGCUUUGUAUUUCCUUUCAGGAUUUUUUGUUUUUGUCUCUCAGCUGCGUACAUGGCUAUUCAAACUGUGGAACAUAAAGACGUGUAAUUGAUUGCUUGACUACAACAUGACACCAUUCCAUAUUUUAUCAUUUGUUGCUUUGUUUGUACAUAUGUAAACAUUUCUUUUGUACUGCUUAACAAAUCAACAAAUCUCCCAACAGUAGAUCAUUUUGUCACGGCACACAGGAGUCCAUCUCCCCAUAACCCAACAGGAAAAGUUGUAAUAUAGCUUAAGAUCCCGCUAAUCAAUACGCAGCUGUUUUUUUUUAACCUCAUUCACAAAAAAAACAUGUCCAACAUUUCUGUAGUGCUCACUUACUACCUCUAAACAAUACAACAACCAUUCUUUCAUUCUUUCUGGCCCAUUUUUAAUGUUUAAUUUUUUUUAAAUGCAUCCCGGAACAGUGGGAACUCUUCAUUCUCUAUGUAAUCUAAUGUAUAUUUUAAUCUUUUAAUAAAAUGCUGUUGCUCUGUUGCAACAUAAAAGGAAAAAAAAAAACUAAAACAAAAAUAAUAUUAAUACAGUGAAAAGAGGAGAGAGGAGGGGGAAGAAUACGUUGUGGCUUUUAUGAGGGGGUGCGGUGACUAAUGUGGAUUAAAUGAACACCAAACAGUAAAACUGUUGUACAUAAUGAAGAAGAAAAAAAAAAAGAAACAUUUUGAAUGUUGCUCAUCUUGUUACGAAAUCAUUCAAAAAAAAAGAAAAAAAAAUCCCUAUAAAACUGUAAUGCAUAGAGGUUUCAGUAUUCAGAACUGUACAUUUCCAGCUCUGUCCAACAGGGUUCAAGUCUUCUUUUCUCUCCUUUAUUUUCUCUUGUAUGUGACUCUGAAACUGAAAACGUCAUGACGAAAUGAUUUGUGGCAGUGAUUCUAAUGUAUUAAAGAUGUUUAGUGUUGCUUUCUAACCAGACUACACCCUGGACAGAAGUCUUCCUUGUGGUAGUUGUGUAAUUUUAAACAUGAAUAAAACUUUUUGCUUUCAUGA